UCUGUCGCAGUCGUUUUCAAUUUAUCUCUUUGUUCUGUAAAUGCGAUGUAUAAUGAAACUUAGUUUUGUUUGUUUUCCAGUAUGAAAAUGCCCGACCAUGCAUCUGAAGGUGAUUAUCCUCGUCCUAUAUCUGUGGGCAAACUCAGAACUUGGUACUUCUGAACUGACCUGCCCAAGUCAGAGUGAAGUAGGUUCUACAGCAGACAUCACGUGUAUUGCACCUAACACUACAGAUAAGCAUGGUUACUCUACACCAAAUAAGGAAGUUGCUGCUAUCUGCCAAACAAACCGCUCAUCAUGUCAAACCCUCGGCGACUACUCAGCGGCUGUUAUCAAUGACACCUGCAGCGUUCUGACCAUUCCUAGUGUGAAACUGUCUGACGCUGGAGACUGGCGAUGUACUGUUUCACCUUCACCUAUGUUGACUUGUCACAUGGUCGUCUACACGCAUCCCGUCAAGUUGAAAAGGCUGCGACUCAGAUAUUCCAUGCUGAAGAUAGCGUUGAUCAUUAUCUCAGGACACAUGCUAAUUUUGAUACACAGUAUGAAAAUGCCCGACCAUGCAUCUGAAGGUGAUAAUCCUCGUCCUAUAUCUGUGGGCAAACUCAGAACUUGGUACUUCUGAACUGAUCUGCCCAAGUCAGAUUGAAGUAGGUUCUACAGCAGACAUCACGUGUGUUGCACCUAACACUACAGAUAAGCAUGGUUACUCUACACCAAAUAAGGAAGUUGCUGCUAUCUGCCAAACAAACCGCUCAUCAUGUCAAACCCUCGGCGACUACUCAGCGGCUGUUAUCAAUGACACCUGCAGCGUUCUGACCAUUCCUAGUGUGAAACUGUUUGACGCUGGAGACUGGCGAUGUACUGUUUCACCUUCACCUAUGUUGACUUGUCACAUGGUCGUCUACAAACUCCCCUCAUGCCUUGUCAUCAGUGAUGAAGAUCAUCAGUCAACUAGGGUGAACUUGACAGGCUUCUACUGCUCGGAAAGAGUACACAUCCAGGUGGUGAUGGAGAGUUCUGUAUGUGAAGAUGUGGCUGGGCCUGUCAAAGAAAUUACAGAUGGAAGCUUUAACUGUGUUAAUACACAGCGUGCCUCGGCUGAUGAAACCAAUGUGACAUUCAGGUUUGGCACCGUCCUCAGAAGUUUAAAGUGUGAAGUCAAAUACACUUCGACUGACAUUCUUCCAAGUAAAGACACUACUACCACCACCUCUCCUGGCAAAAGGGAACGUCAUACUUCAACUGGCAUUGCAAUUCCUGUAAUUAUUUUCAUCGUCAUAUUAAUACUCAUAGUAACCACGAUUGUCAUGUUGUAUAGAAAUAGACACACUUUUCAUUGUAUAGAGAAUCGUCCAACGCGGAGGUCUACGGACUCGUCCUACAAGGUUGUCGAUAAGAGCAAGCCUAUGCCACUAUAGCGGAGACAACUUUGAACACCCUGGAAUAUUUAUCAAAGAUAUCUUGUAGCAUCGUGUUUUGACAGUGAUGAGUUAGUCAGGAAUGUAGGACUAUCUAAUGUAAGCAGUGGUGUGGACGUUUCUAUAUUUAGAUGCAUUUUGGAGUAUAAAAUAUAAAAGCAGUUGUGAUAGCAACCUUGUAGGACGAGUCUGUAGAACUCAUCAUUGUCAAAACACGAUGCUACAAGAUAACUUUGAUAAAUUGAGGCGUGACUACCUAUUUAUGCAAGUAUCUAACUAUCAUAGAGCGCACAUAUGUGACCCAGAAGGUGAACCAAACUAUAAUUCGGAUGUGAACAUGACACAUUUGAGUUUAAAUACAUAUGUGACAUAUAAAUAAAAAAUAAACACAUCAUGAAAACAACACUGGUAAUAUGUGCACAAUGACUUCUGAAACAUUUGUUAUUAUUUUCAAGGAACCAGAGGUAUGGUGUUGACACAAUCAAUAGUGGUAAACAUUUGAAAUAUAUAAGUGUUUAACUGAAUGAAAUGGCAUAAAAAUGUUUGUUGGCACAUCAUAUUGUACGGAAGCGUAUUAGGGCCAUGGUUAAUUUUCUUUUUAUCUAUCUCCUACGUCGGAGAUACUAAGUCCUACGUAGGAGAUACUUAGACAAAAGAAUUUCACCGUGACCCUGCUACGCUUCUGUAUGUUAGCAACAUAUGUUGCAGUGUCUAGAAUUGAAUGAGCGAGUCUGGCAGUGAAACUGUGGAAAAGUAUGUUUUUAUAAUGAAUAUUUUCAAAGUAAUAGAUGCAUUGAUGUGAUCCUAUUUAAGGUUUCUUUAAAAAGUUAAAAAGUUUAAAAGCAAUUAUUUACAUCGUUCCAAAUAUUACUCAUCCAAUGGCGCCGUGCAAUGAACUUGUACUGUAUCUCAACAUGAACAAUGUUAUUCAAUUACCUCAUCGUUUAACAAUAAAUUACAC